AUGCUUCGGAUCAGGCCAGGCUCUGGCGGCAGCCGAUUUGCUUCUGUGAAGUUGCAACGAAGCUUUUCAGAGUACCUUGUUCCUGUUCAUACAGCAUUAACGUCCCUUCACCAGUUUACUGGGCUCUCGUGGCCGGUUCUGAUCCCGUUGACCACCAUCGGACUCCGGCUGGCUUUGACGACUCCUUUGGCAGUUCUGAACCGCAAACGAGCCCAGAAACAAGCCAAGCUCGCUCCAUUACUACAGGCGAUGGUUCCUGUCUUCAAGGCCCAGCUAGCUGCUGGAGCGGCGGCCAAACGUCACGAGCUGACUGCAGAACAAAUUGGUGUACUAGCGACUAAAGAGCGGCGAAAACAGCGUAUUUCAUUGUACAAGGAAGCCAAAUGCCAGAACUGGCGGAUGCUGCUGUUACCAGCUAUCCAAAUACCUCUUUUCGUCGCAAUGUCCCUGACACUAAGAUCGAUGUGCGGCUGGUCUGUUUUAGACAGCAUUCCUUUGGAACAGGGGUUCACAGAACAGGGCUUUGGCUGGAUCCAGAGCCUUGACCGGCCUGACAAUUACGGUAUUCUCCCUCUGGCCGUCGGUGCUUUUUCGCUGGGUAAUGUCGAGCUGCAUUCUAGAGCCCUUCCCACAAAUAGCCAGGGCCCCUCCGUGGCGGCCGCAUUGAUUAAUUUUUCUCGAUUCGGCUGUGUCUUAUUUAUGGCAAUGGCUUUCCAGGCUCCCUCGGCAAUUGGUCUUUACUGGCUCUCUUCCAACGCCUUUUCCUUUGUCCAGACGGCGUUGAUGGACAAGUAUCUGCCGAUCCGAGUGCAACCAGACUACCCUACGGCCGACCCCACCGUCAGUUCUAAAUAA